GCUGGACCAAGCACUGGCUUAGCCCAGAGAAGAAGGUGUUAUUUGUAUGGGACACGAUGCUUUCAUGGAGCCCUUUAGCAACUCAUUUUGUGAGUUACAGUGCAAAAUAUAUUUUCUGCUUUUAGGUAUUUGUUCUGCACUGAAGUUGACAGUACCCUCACAUACUAUCCAGGGCAUUGAGGGGAAGCCACUCAAUCUUGCUGUUGACUACAAUUUCAACAUCACAGCUUCAGAAAUCCAAAUAAUAUGGCUGUUCGAAGGACCUCCAACUACGCUUAAAUAUUUACUUAGUUCUGUAAACCAGUCAGUAGUUCCAGAUUUGGAAUAUCAGCAAAAGUUUACCCUCAUACCACCAAAUGCAUCUUUGAUGAUCAAUCCUCUACAUAUUAGUGAUGAAGGCAAUUACAUUGUAAAAGUCAAUGUUCGUGGAAAUGAGACAAUAGCAGCCAGUCAAAAAAUUCAAGUAGCUGUUGAUGUUCCUGUCACAGAGCCAAUUGUACAUACCCAACCUUCUUCAGGGGCAGUGGAGUAUGUGGGGAACAUUACACUAACAUGUACUGUGAGAAAAGGGACAAGGGUAGCUUACCAGUGGAUGAAAAAUGGGAAACCUAUCCAUGCCAGCCCUAGUUACACCUUUUCCUCAAACAAUGACACACUUUUGAUUGUUCCCGUUGUGAAAGAAGACAUUGGAAAUUACAGUUGUUUGGCAACCAACCCUGUCAGUGUGAUGGAAAGUGAGAUAAUUACACCAAUUAUAUAUUAUGGGCCUUAUGGACUUACAGUUAAUUCAGAUAAAGGCCUGAAAGUUGGAGAGGUGUUUACGGUUGAUGUAGGAGAAGAUAUUCUUUUUGAUUGCUCAGCAGAUUCCAAUCCACCAAAUACUUAUUCAUGGAUUCAAAGGGCUGAUAAUGCCACCUAUGUUAUCAAAUAUGGCCCCCAUCUGGAAAUUCCAUCGGGUAAAGUGACCCAGAGAACAAUAGAUUAUAUGUGCUGUGCUUACAAUAACGUGACUGGGAAACGAGAUGAAACUCAUUUUACAGUGAUAAUUACUUCUGUGGGACUUGAGAAGCUUGCUCAGAAAGGGAAGUCUUUGUCAUCUCUAGCAGUAAUAACUGGAAUUUCAUUGUUUUUGAUCUUGUCUAUGACACUUUUAUUCUUAUGGAAAAGAUAUCAGCCAUACAAAGUCAUACAAAAGAAGUUACAGAGCAGCCCUGAUGCAGAUUACCGAAAAGCACAGACAUUUUCAGGGCAUGAAAAUGCUCUGGAUGAUUUUGGAAUCUAUGAAUUUGUUGCUUUUCCAGACGCCACUGGUUGUUCCAGGAUUUCAAAUCAACCUGUUUCUGACUCUGACUUUAUCCCAAGGCAAGACAUAAAUAGUACGGUUUAUGAAGUUAUUCGACAUAUUCCUGAGCAAGACCAUCAAGAAUGUGACUAAAGAUUGAAAACCAGAAAAAUCAAGCAUUCUAAGACAAGUAUUAACUUCCUCAUCUUGGUAGAAAAGGCAAAACAAACACCAAUGAUUCUUAACUUACAAAAGAAUAGGUUAUUGUUUCUUGAAAUGAUACCGCUGUCUCAGUCUGUCAAUUCCUUUUCUUUACUACCCUCAACAUACUGUAUUUUUACUGAUUUUCUUUUAUAUUGAUGUUUUCUUGAAGCAGCUGAAAUUUUUUAAUUGCUGACAAUUUUGUGUGCACCAUCGGCUACAUGAAGAAAACAAGAGAGAGCUAUAUGAAAAUCGAGAUCAUAAAUACUAUGUAAUCAUUUUAUAAUGAUGACUGAGAUGGAUGGAGAGGAGUCACACCUGAGGAAAUUUCCACUGCUUAUUUUAUUGAGAUUUUCCUUUUGGGUGGGCUCCUAAAAGGAAAGCUUUUGUGUGUUGGCAAUAGUUCAAGUUAAAAGGCAU